AAAUCAAGAUUGGAACCGUGUUUGAAGUGUAAAAUCCUUUUUUGCUACACUUCAAGCGAUAAAGAUGAAACGUUGGACGAAACUUAUGGAACGUCACGUCGAUAUCCGACGAAUUACAGGAACAAUCCGCUGCCACAUGAGAAGCGAAAUAUUUGGUCUUAUCGGGCGUGAAAAAGAGUCGAGGAAAACAGCUGAUUGUGACAUUUUAGUUUGGAACGAAAGUAAACAGUUGAAUACACAAGACUCUUUGCUUCAUAAAAUCCUCGAAAUACUCGAUAGAAUCUUACAAACAACUUCAGUUCAAUUUCCCACGAUGGCUGUUGCUAAAGAGGAAGUCAUAGAAUUGUGCAGAAUUUGCGAAUCCACAGAUAAUUUGCUGGAUAUUUCAACAGAGGAAUUUGCUCAUUUGAGUAUAAAACUUCACAAAAUUGGUGAUUUUCAAGAUCAGGACACCAGUUGGCUGAAAUUCAUUUGCUUGUCCUGCAGUGCUAGAUUGGAAAAUGCCUUUGAUUUCAAAGCGCAAUGUGAAUUCACUUACAAAAAAAUCGUCGAUCAGAUGAGAACGAGCAAAAUUUCUUCAUUUUCUGAUCCUCUGACAAAUACUUUAGCUAUUUGCUUGCAGGAAAGUGUAAAAGUUGAGAUAUUUGAAGCCCAAUUUGAUGUUUUUAACGAUUCAGGAGGAUUUGAGAAUCGGACACAGGAACCUAGGAAGAAAAAACCAUCAGAGCUGAAGAAGUACGCAGUAGAUCAGUACACUUUUACAUGUGCAUUCUGCAGCUGGACUUUCAGGAAGAAGGAUCGACUGAGAGAUCACAUUGAAGGGCGGCAUUUAAAGAAAUUGCGAUAUUCAUGUGAAAUUUGCAACAAAAAGUUCAUUUUCGCUCCUUCGCGCUACAGACAUCGAUUAAUUUACCACAGCAAAAAGUCAUUUGACUGCGAAAUCUGCGGGAAACCAUUCAAGACGCAAAUGUACUUAAACAAGCACAAGAAGAGACAUUCGGGCACACGAGAGCAGCAGAUCAGGCGACAUUUGUGCCACUUGUGCGGCUACAGAUCCAAAGACAAAACCCAUCACGUUGAGCACAUGAAUUGGCACGCCGGCAUCAAGCCGUUUAAGUGCGAUGAGUGCGGAAAGGACUUCGUGCGGAAGGACGCAUUGCGGACUCACCGGAAGACGCACACAGACGAGAAGCAUUGCAUUUGCCAGAUAUGCUCGAAGGCCUUUCGCACAAAUGCACAGAUGAAGACUCACCUCACGACUCACACCGGAGACAAGAACUUCAAGUGCAAAUAUUGCAGCAAGUCGUAUUCGCAAAUUGGCGGCCUCACUUAUCACAUGCGGACUCACACUGGCGAGAAGCCUUUCGAGUGCCCGACGUGCUCGAAGACAUUCUCACUGAAACAUCUUCUGCAGAGACACACGUGGAUUCACACGGGCGAGAGGCCGUUCCAUUGCAACUCCUGCUCAAAGACCUUCAGAUCCAAGUCCAAUUUGCAGAGACACCAGAAGAUAUGUGCCCAGAGUUCGACAAUCCCUAAGAAUUUAGAGGAGUCUACUGAGAUUACAGCAUGAGAAGUCGCCCAAAAACUUCGUUAAGUUUAAACAUCACUUAUGGCCAACUGCAAAGUUAUUUUCCUGCAUUUUCUCACCAUUUACAUACAAAUUGUGGGUAAAUAAAUUUUAUUGCGAGUUAAAAAGCCAGUUAAAAGGACAUUUCAAUGUGAAUCCUCACAUCUCAUUAAUAAAUCACAAUAUAACUAAAGAAAUGACUUUUGUAAAAAGAGAAUUCGUGGACGUUUGCAGAGUAUGGGAAUCAAUCAAUAUGUAAAUAAAUAAGAA